GUGUCGCAUUUUUCAACAUUUUAUCAUCUUAAGAAUGUCCUCAAGUGGCCGCCUGCCCAACUUCCUUGCACUUAACCAUUGAAAUUUGGCGUCCUCAUCACAAACCAUAUCUAUACCUAUUAGCAUGUGGGCAACUUUGAUUCAUUGAUGUCCUUGCUUUAAAAUCUUGUAUUGGUGCAAGCAUGGAGACGUCAAACAUGGCUGCCCAAGUUCCACCCCGAGCCAGGACUCAUCAGCCUUGCGCUGCUUGCAGGAUGCUGAGGAGGAGGUGUGAUAGAGACUGUAUAUUGGCACCCUACUUUCCAAGCUAUGAGAUUGAGAAAUUCGCUGGUGUGCAUAAAGUGUUUGGUGCUAGCAAUGUUAUCAAAAUGAUUCAGAUGGUGGAGGAAUCGAGGAGGGAGGAUGCUGUCAAAGCCAUAAUUUAUGAAGCAACAACAAGGCUUAGAGACCCGGUCUACGGCAGUGCUGGAGCAAUUUUCCACUUGCAGAAAAUGAUUCAAGACCUCAAUACACAACUGGACUCGAUAAGAACUCAAACCCUGGUGCUUCAAGAACAAAGAGAUCAGCUGUUAGGGAUUCUAAAAAAUGUUCAUCGCAGGGAUCCAGUUUCUCCCAUUGAUUUCCUCACGUUUGGUGAUGCUGGUUCCUUAUCCAUUGAUGAUACAGUGGGCUGCGGUCCUUCCACAUUUCCCUCAGACUGUGACUGGAUUCUGUGAGGAGGAAAAACAAAAGAGAAAACUACGUACACAACUGCAACAGCCAUGGUUUGCAGAAAGAUUUUAUGUGAGAAAAUGCAUAUAUUUUCAUUUUCAAAUAACUCUUAUCGUACAAUCAUAUCCCCAAAGAAUAUUAGGUGGUAGAAUCAUGUUCUAGUUUACACUUUGUUAUAUAAAUUAUCGAUCCUAUAAUCUUAAUAAAAAAACCAGUU